CCUUAUCGUCCUUCAGCUUUCUUUUCUUCUUCCUUAUCAUAAUGGAAGAGAACCGGGAUCCACUAGCUCGGAGAGUCCCAAGCUUUGCGCAGGGGAAGCGGAUUCUUCUGGUGGAUCGUGAUGCUUCAUCACUGACGUACAUCUCUUCUGUACUGGAGUCUCAUUCAUACAAGGUAACAACCAUAGAACUAGAAUCUGUUGCCAUGUCCAUGUUUGCGGAGAACAAGGAUGAAUUUGAUGCGGUUAUGGUUGACAUGAAUAUGAAGGAUAUGACAAGCCUCGAAUUUGUCAGACGAAUACUUCUUACAAAGAAUUACACGCCCAUCAUUUUGAUGUCCUCCAUGGGUAACGAGGCUGUUGUAAGUCAAGCCCUAAUUGACGGGGCGUGUCACUUUCUUGAGAAACCAAUUCCUAACGAUCAACUGCUGCAAAUAUGGCAACAUGUGCAUCGGGUGAAGAAGCUCUCAGAAGUGGAACAAGAUGUGGGUAGAGGAUCCAGCACUGGGAUAGGUGAGGGUGCUACGAUCAAAGAGAAGGGUGAGAAGGGUAUUGCACAUACAAAUGAUACAUCUCAAGAGGGUACUGCCUCCAGGACUAAGAGAUGUACAGACAUUCAGAUCAGAGAGGAGGGCAAUGACUGUAGACCUGCCACUGGAGUUGAGUUGCAGGGGAUUGAUCCAAAAGGGAAGAACAAGAAAGUAGAAGGGGAAGUUGGCCUGGUUGGUCUGGAGACGCGCGAUUUCAAACUACCUAUAGGACUAACCAUGGAUGGCAUAGAUCAAUUGAGGAUGGAAGCUAAAGAAAAACGAGGAUGCAGCAAGAGAAAGAGACCCAGUAUUGAUGAUGGAGAAAAAGGAAAGUACCAGAGAAAUGAGUGCUCUGAAAACUCUCAUUCCAAGGGUAAAAGCCCCAGUGGAGAGGUUGGGAGUGAACGCAACCUCAAUAGUUGCACUUCUGAGGCAAAACAAUCUACAUGUAGGACUACAGAUCUUACAAUAAAGUUAACAUCAUCCAUUCGUGAACUUGGCGAAGAAUGGGCUAAUCCAAAAGCAAUACAAGAUACUAUGAACGGGCCCAAUCUGACCCAAUGCCAGAUUUCAAGCCAUCUGCAGAGACACAAAAGUAAUAAAACCCAAGUUCAGAGCAUGUCAGACAGCCGUGAGGAUGCCACAACACCACUUCUGUCCUCUGGGAAUGCAACAGCUUUCAAUAUCAGUAGCAGGACAGGAGCUUCUCAAUCCCAGGAGCAGCAAGGCUUAGUUGGAAUUGAGGCUAAAUUCUCAUUGGAAUUGAAAAUGGGCGAUGGCAGGCGACCAGGGUCAAGCCAAAUAAGCGAGAGGGAACCCUUUCCCGGCGAAAAAGGAAAGGCUCCUCCUCAAAAUUUUCCUACCAAGUAUGGUUGGCAAAACCCAAUCCCAUUCAAUAGCUCGAGUCACAGGCAAAACUUGGUCCCAGGGACGAAUUCUUUUGCCUAUGCACCCAAUACAAAUGUUCCUACAGGCACUAUUACAGGGGAAGCUAUGCCACCACUGGCUCAUGGCGCCAGAUCAGCAAAUCCUGCUAUAGCCAAUGACCUCAGGACAGGCCACGUUUCAUCAGAUGAAGGUGAGCUGGAGUGCUUGACUGCAUGGUUAAGGAAUUCCUCAAACGAAGACGAUCCACAUAUACAACCAUUUGAUGGGUCAUACAAAUAAAGUUUAUAAUUGUUUCCUGCCAAUUCAACUGCAAAGAUGGACAGAGGCUUCGUAAAGAAGCCUGAAGAAUCCGGUGGUGUUUGGUUUUUUGGUUUUUCACCUAAUCCUAAAUAGAGUUUAGAACCAGCUUAAUAGAAUUAAGAAUAAA